ACAGGACGUGUCGGACGGAUGUCCUGCGUGGGAACCGCUUUAAUGUGGUUGGGAGGGUUGUAUAAAUCAUGGCUGUUUGUUUUCAGCUCAUAAACAAAACUUGACUAUAAUUAUUGUGUCACAAGUGAAAUAAACGAUACGACUCUCAUUGUUUGUCUACAUUUGAUCUGUUUAACCACAUUUUUUACAUUCUCUAACAUGAAGUGUAUUGGAUUCAGCCGGUUUGUUUUCAUCAUCAAGUUUGUUUGUGUAGCUGAAACAGAUGAAGCCACGGUACAAUGGAGCUGCUGAAAUGUGCGUCAGUGGCCUUUUGAACACAAAUAACGGUGCUUAUUUAGCCUGUCUGGUCAACAGAAGGCUUCACGAGACUGGAUCAUGUCUGAUGUGAAGGCCAACAGUCAAAGCUGGAGCUGUCACGAUGACGACGAUGCUCUUAGAUCCGUGACCAGCUGAUGAUGUUUGUUUUGGUCACUCGUAAGUUAAUAAUCCUCAUUCAUGUGUUGCUGUUAUGCUUCCUGGUGGUCUACAUCCCCCCCUUGCCUCUCCUCCUGUCUCUCUAGACCAGGAACAGAGGGCGGUAGAGAAAGUAGGUCAGAUGAAUCAAGGCAAACACAAUAUGUUUCUAUCAGUAUCUGCUUGAUAAGGAAAUCCAGCCACAGCAGCUUGAAUGUGCACAGCAAGUUUCUGGUUCUAUAAUCGAUAUGCACUAGAAGCCUGUCCAUGUCUUCCUGGUUCCCUCAUACACCAGAUGACCGUUUGCAGCAUGGAUUAGAAGCGGAGGGACCAGGCGUAGCUUUACGCCACUAGGUCACUAGGCUGCUGAGAUCACACCCCCUUUGUCAUUCAUGAUGAGUUUUUUGACACCCCCCUAUUUUGAUAAUUUUGUUACUGAAACAUUCAGACAAGACAGCACAUGCCUGAUUGGCAUGAAACACAUAUGGUAACUAAUCCCUCUAGAGCCUUUUAAGACUAAUUUUUAAAGUUUAAAUGUCUGCUGUACAGGUUCCUGGUGCAUUCUUUCCUCUCUCGUGGGUAGUGUUUGACUGUGCUUGGAGGUGGAGGAAUCAAUGAAUCUGCUGUCUACCUUACACUGGAUCAGUGAGAGAUAAUCUCAUCUGAUCUGUUGUGCUCCAAAGCUGCCUAAAUCUGCUGGGUGGCUGGCUUUCGCCUCUUUAGUGGAAAACCUGUCUGACUCUGUAGAUCCCACAUCAUCAGCUACUGGUUUUCAUCAUAACUAAUAGAAUAUCUACAGGUUAGUUUUAAAUAUAAAAAGUGUAGGCUUGAAAAGUCCUGUGGUCCAAGCUGGCCUUUAAACUGCUCUCUCACUCUGGGAAAUGUUCCUAUCUCUCUCUGCUGAGUUGGAUAAACAACCACGACAUGUUCAAAAUCCUCUUUGUCAUAAACUCUGCACCCGGUUAUAAAAAGACCUCUCCCAGUGUUGGCCGAGAAGGCCGAGAUCAUGCAGAGAACUUCAUUUUUUAAUGACAUGUUUAGCCUCAUAAAGGCAUCUGACUCUUUAAUUUGAGGUGAAUUUUAUCUUCCGCUCGUUUGACUCGUCUCAGUGGUUGUUGCGUGUUCUCGAUGAGUGCAGGAACGGGCAAAAAGCAAGCCAUUGGUGAAGGCCACACAUUAAAUUUUAUUACAUUUUAUCUUUUGACUCCAGAACGUGAGAGGAUGCCAGCUCCUACACUGACUUGGAGCUGUCACAGGCUUUUCGUUGGAAAACUGAGGGAGGCGGUAAUUUUUGGACUUAUAUGGACCAUAAUUAGUACUUGUGGGAAAAACUUCAGGGGCACCAUUUGGGAUGUUGGAGUAAGAGCCACUGAGUUACACCAUAUUGUAUGUUACAUAAUUAAAGCCUUCAAAUUAGACUGCCUUCCUCCCAGUUAGUGGUCCAUAUUGAGGGCAGACUGCCUGCAUUUGAGUGGACUUUUUUUUGUUGUGAACACAGCAACAUCUCCCAGUGUUGUUAUUAGUAAACACAAAUUUCAGGUUGUAAUAAAAACAUUUGAUGCUGCAGAAACGGGGCAAUCCCCACCCCCCUUUUCCUCUUCCUCAUUGUCUCAAAUCCUCCUUACCUCCUUUUUUUUAACAUCCUGCAAUUCAAACAGGUUAUGGAGGAAUUUCCGCAUACAUGAGCAAGGUGCACACUCGGGCAAAUGCGAGUAUGAAAGUGAGACCUUUUAAAAGCACUGAGGCAGCAGAAACAGCAGGCAGAGGUUUGUGGCCUCGCUGCACCGACUGUACCUGCAAUAGUAGUGGUGGACAUGAGUGAUGGGUCCGUAGGUGUAACACAAAGUGGUUUCCUGCCGCAUUAACAAUGGAUCUGAUAAAUAAAUUGUUUCGAACUUCCCUUCUGCAUUUGUAUAUGGUGGAAAAAGCAGAAAAAUGGAGAUCUUUGUUUCACAGAAGUUUCAUCAUCCUCUAGGGUGUAUGCAGAAUGUCCGCUACAAAUUAGAGCCUUGUUUCAAAAGUCUUGUUCACAGAGAAACGGUGUAUUACUUUUUGAAAUACAUUCUGUUACACAUAGUUGUACUUGUAUACUGAGCAUUAAACUAGUCAACCCCUCAAUUCUGCUUUAGCCACCAAAUGCUUCAGUCAAAAAAUGCCAGUCUCUUCUAUGUCACAGGGAAAAUUUGCAUUCAUGGCCCCGCCCACCUCUGACAUGCGUCCGCGGAUGUCCGCUGUGUUGAUUCUGUGGCCUGGAGCUAACAAUUGGCAUUAGCAACUUCACAACAUCACAGUGCACAGGCUUGUGUUAUUUGUUAUUCUUUACUCAAGAAACAAUGACCAAAUGCAGUAGAAGAGUUGCGUUGCUGUUAGCCAAUCAGAGGUGAUGCAUUUGCAUGUCAUAAAUAUUAAAGGGACACUAUGAAACGUUUUAAAAUUAUUAAAACAUUUUCUCGAGCCAGUAGGUGCUAAAAUGACCCUUUACAAGGUGAAUGAAUAGUCUCUCAGCCCCGUUCGCCCCUUGUGGGAGAUUAAUGUGUUUGCAACUUGAGCCUCUACAGACCAUUGACCUGAAGUUUUGCAAAAGUCUUGUAUCUCGCAAGAAGCCGUAACAUUUUAUAGCAAUCUAUGUUUACACCUCAGAAAAGACAGGCUAGGGAUGGUUGGCGAUUAUUGUUUUGUGUUCAUCGGGGCGGAGCCUCAAAAGAAAUAAUGAAACGUAUAAAAUCUUUGUUUGAUUAAACUAACAGGAGAAAAAGAACAUCUGAGCAAAAUAAGGGUUAAAAAAGAGUCAACAUCAGGAGUUUUCUGAGUCGCUAGAGCUCAAGGACUAAAAAAGAAGGAUUCAAAUUGGAUUCAAACCUCAUGAUCAUGCUUCUGUUUGUUUGUAUUGUUCUUAUUUAUUUAUUUUUUUAACUUUCCCUGUGUUUGUAACUCUUUCUAAAUGUGUUUGUCAGGCGGUAGUGUUCACGUCCCUCUCCACCCACAGAAGUGUUCUCCUCUCACCUGUCAAACACUCAGUCAUUGAUGCUUUCUCUCAUCUCUACCCGAUCUCCUCGUGUCCUCACACCCCAUCGAUUCCUCGUUCAUGAGUCUUGACAUUAUCAUCACAACCUGGGACAGCGGUCUAACCGUCUUUGUUACCAGUCCAGCUGAAGCUAUUCGCGCUGCCAGACGGACUGUUGGUAAGUUGCUCUCCAUGUUUGGCUUUACCGACACCCUAUGGUCACACAAGCCCUCCUUUCAGGACCUUUCCUCAGUGUUGAUCAGAUGAACUCUGUUCAGCCUAGUUCGUACCUCUCCGUCAGCAACUUUGCGCUGACACACACACUUAUUGAAGGAGACGUUUUCCAUUUAAAACUAUAAACUGAAAUAUUAAGUCAACAUAAAAAUGUAAACAGUCGAGAGGUAUUAGGAUUAGCUAGCUUAAUGUAAAGGUGCCAUAGUGCACUAAUUGUCCAGCAGGAUCACUGUUGGUGUGACCUCCUAGCAGCAACAUUCAGUUCAGUGAUGGCUCUUCCAUAAAAGCUGUUUAACAGCCUGGUGGUGUGUGUUUUUAAUGCUCUGUAUCUUACCAGAUGGAAGAAGUUUGAAGGGAUGAUUAGCAGGGUGGGUUGAGUCCUUUAGGAUGUUUGUGGAUUUCCAAAGGCAGCGAGUGGUGAAGAUGUCAUCCAGGGUAGGCAGGUGUUUGUUUGUUUGUUAUUUUCGCUGCAGUUUUGAUUACUCUCUGCAGGGCGUUCCUCUCAGCUGCAGAGCUGCUGCUGUACCACACCAGGAUGCUGUUGGUCAGGACACUCUCUAUGGAGCAGUGAUAAAACCACACCAGCAGUUUUUGUGGCAGGUUGAUCUUCCUGAGAGCUUUCUGUGUGUCUUCUUUAUCAGACAUUUGGUGCUAUGUGUCCAUGUGAGUGAGUGAGUGUUCAGGAAUGUGAACUGUGACACCCUCUCCACAUGCUCUCUCUUUAUUGUGAAUGUCUGGUGCUCUACAUUUUUCCUUCUUGGGUCAAUGAUGAUUUCUUUUGGUUUUGUUGGUGUUCAGGGUCAAGUUGUUAGCUGCACACCAGUCCACCAGCUGCUGAACUUCUCUGUGUGCUGACUCAUUUCCCUGGCUGAUUAAGCCCAUCACUGUUGUAUCAUCAGCAAACCUAAUGCUGGUGUGGGUUGUGAAUGGGCUUACAGUCGUGUGUACAGAAAGGCACUCAGUACACAGCCUUGUGGGGCUCCUGUGCUCAGGGACAGAGAGGAGGAAUGGUGGUGGCCUAACUUAACAGACUGUGGUCGGUUUGUUAAAAAGUCUUGUAUCCAGAGACAGAUGUUGUGCUCGAGGCCAAGGUCAGACAUCUUGUGGAAUAGUCUGCUGGGGAGAAUGUUGAAUGCAGAGCUGUAGUCGACAAAUAGCAGCCUUGCAUAUGUACUUGGUUGUUCCAGGUGUGUCAGAACGAUGUGGAGGGUGGUAGAGAUGAUAUCAUCUGUUGAUCUGUUGGUUCUGUAGGCAUAUUGGUGGGGUCCAGUGUGGGGGACAGCACCCUUGAUGUGUUACAGCACUAGUCUCUCCAUGCACUUCAUAAUGAGAGGUGUUAAUGCUACAGGCCUGUAGUCGUUGUGGCUUGUUAUUGCAGGUCUUUUGGGUAUAGGUACUACUGUGGAGUUUCUAGACGGGUGGGGACAGAGCACUGAGACAGCAACAGGUUCAUAAUGUCAGUGAGGACCUCCGCCAGCUCCACUGAACAGCAGUGGCGGGCGGUGCAUUCCACCCCUGGGCCUUCAGUGAUUUCCGAUUCCGUCCAAUCUAAAUUUACACACCUUAAAAUACCAUCAAUAGGACAUCACAGCUGGAGAAACCUCUCUCUCUCUCUCUCACACACACACACACACACACACACACACACACACACACACACACACACACACACACACACACACACACACACACACACACACACACACCAGUGGCUGGGCAAGGCGUCAUUUCCGGAGCCUUUAAAAUCAAACUCGCAUUUCUACUCACCAACAUAAAUGUCCAGCAUGGAUCUCCUCCUCUCCUGCUCAUUUGAAAAUAAAAUCCAUCCUUCUUUCUUUCCUCAGGAAAACCUCAGUGGCUCUGUACAGUUUCUGUGCACUUCAGGUCCAUGAGUGGAUCCUUUUCUAUGGACAUGGAGGCUAAUGCUGAAAGACGUGUCUGUCCGGUCGUGUUUCUGGCGUACGUUUUAAUGCACUUUAAUGCUACCAAAUCCAUCUGAUGCGAGCAACAGGCAUUCCCAGCAGAAUAACCUGCAGCGGUUCUCUGAAGCUGUUUGCCAUGGGUACCGUUCAUAGUUGCUUGCCUGAAAAUGACGAACAAAUCCUUUCCCCUGCUGGGACAAGCCAGCUAGCGUUGGAGUCGGACGACCUGUUCUCACAAGAUCCAUUUUUUCUUGAAAGGUCCGUCUUGAAAAUGGUGUGGCAAGUAAAUCUGCCACCAAAUCCGUCCCUUCUCCUCUUUCAGCCAUCAUGUGUUCAAAAAUACACCGAUAGCUGCCUAUAGAUGCAAAUCUCUGUGUUUAGUUUUGAUAUUUUGCUUCAUGCCGCUAGAAAAGUUCUAACUACUGCUUAUCCAAUCACAGGAUGCGUUCAUGUCAACUUUUGCGUGAGGCCAGCUAGCUGGCCCGGGCCAAGCUGACUCGUGAGCUGAUUGGCUAUCGCAACUAGAUCGUCUCUGUUCACUUACAGCGGACAGUGGGCUUCUCGAUUGAUUCUGAAGGCCUAGAGCAGACUUAAUCUGCCUGAAAACACAAGCUAGCUUAAAUCUGAUUGGAUAACACCCAGCCUUGGUAUUUCAACACUGGAAGCAGCACAGCCAAGUGGUUAUAAUAGGAUAUAAAGAAAAUAGACCAGUGAACUUUUUUUUAUUUAAAAAUAUUUACCAAAAGAAAAAAAAUACAUUUACGUUUUUGAGUACGUUUAGGCCAGCAGAGAAGGCUUUGCUGGCCCUGACUGCCCACCACUGCUGAACAGUCAUGUAGCGCCCUUCCCGGAAUGCCAUCUGGACUAGCUGCUUUCCUUGUGUUGACUCUUCUGAGUGUACGCUGUACCUCAGCGGUCCGCAGGAUGAGCACUUGGCUGUUGCUCGUUGGUGCUGGAGCUGGAGUCAUGGUUCCAGCAGAUUUUUGCCAAAGCUAGCUCGGUUCUGAGCUGCUCACUGGAUACAGUUGAAGAGAUGGAAAGGAGGACGCUGGGGAAGAUGACAUCCAUCUUAAAAUUGCUCCCACCCACUGCAUUUCACUGUGGAGACCAUGGACAGCUCCUUCAGAAACGGAUUGACAUCCCAGAUGUAAAACAGAAUGCUACCGUAGAUCUUUCAUCCCCUCUGCAGUAAGAGUGUCUAACUACUCUGUUUAAGCGGUACUGGCAUUAUCCUGGUACACAAUAACAUCAAUGCAAUAUUCAGUAUGUGUUCAAUACUCGUGCAAUAAAGGAUUUCCAUUGUGUGUCUCUUUCUCUUACAGUGUGGUGCAUAUUGGAACUAGGGAUGCACCGAUAUGAAAAUUUUGGGCCAAUACCGGUAUCAAAUAUUAAAUGGCUGUUCUGGCCAUAUGUGUGUGAGUGUUUAUAUAUAUCUGUGUAUUUAUAUAUAUCUAGCUCUCCACGAUGGAUCUAUCAUGGAGAACUAGAGAUGCAUGUCUCAAACGUCCCACAGGCACUUUCAUUUAAUUAUAUAUUGAUAAUUAAAGUAAAGUAAUUUAAAUUUCAUCUACAGGUGGCUCAUAUCCUAUAAUCCACAAUACCAGUAAAUAUUUCUUGUCCAGAGACAAAAAUUUAUCAUGUUGAGCUAAAAUCAUGAUGCAUCCUAAGCCACAAAGCCAAACGUAAAGUUUAGAGAACAUUGACCCAGAGGUUUCCAGAUUGAGCAGAUGCGUGCGAAUACAUUUAAUGACCACUUCAAGACAGAGCAAGCUAGUGGCUAAUGCUAGCCGCUAUAGUCAAGUAUGGUGUGCUUCUUCAUAAUUGUUUAAGUCCGCAUCCUAAUCCAUCUGUUAUUAGAUUAUUUUCUACCGAGCACCCCAGCUAAAAUAACCAACACACUGCCUUAAACUUGCUCUGAUUGGUUCAUCGGUGUGUCUGUUGUGCUGACAGAAGCAGACUAGCAAACGGCGUGACUCGGCUGAGAAGAAAUGUGUGCCUGUAGUCUCGUGCAGAAAUAAUGGCACAUGUGAUAGAACGCAAAUAGACAGUUCCUUGAUCUCCGAACUUUGGUAGAUCGUCAUCACUUAAUAAUCCUUAACAAUCUUAUUGUCAGAUCGCACCCUAACCCUACAUGGACUCACCGAUCUUGCACCACGACGGGGAAGGCUGUUGUUGUAUUAACGUCCAGGAGGCAGGUGACAGUGUCUCGAACAGUGGAAUGUAACCGCUAGCAUUAGCAUCUCCAAAACAUGGCAAACCUCUUCCAGGCUUGAGUUAUUUGUGGAAGUAAAACAUCCAUGUUGCAGGUCAGUGGAAGAGUCGUGUUGCUGUUAUCCAGACCAAUCUGAGGAUUGGUGUCCAAAUAUCAGGAAAUAAGACUCCAAGACCUGCUGUCUGAAGCGCAGCUAUGAUGUGGGUAACUUCAGUUCCUGGUAAUGGUGCACCAUUAUAUUGUUCCCCCCGAUAAUGACUAAGAUAUUUAUUCUUACUAGAGACAAUUGUAUUGAUUAAAUAAGUCACCCACACCUUUAAUGACCAAGACUCCAGAUGCCGCUGUUUUCUGCCCCUCACUCUAAUAACUUCUACUUCCUGAAACAGGAGCACCAGAGUAAUAAAGUAGUAACCAAUCAGGUUUGCGUCAAGAGUGAAAGUGAAAGCUUACUUAUAGAGAAAUGUCUUUUGGAAUUAGUAGUUUUUCAGAUAUCAGAAUCUGCUCUUAUUGAGUGAAAACAACAUAAGAAGACAAGUUUUUAUACUAGAAUUGUUGUAGGUUGUAGAGUAGGUUUCUGAUCAUUCAUUCUUUUUUACUGAUAAAGCACAAUAAAGAGCCGGCGCCAUGAGUGACCAGAGCUUCUGAUAAGCUGGACUGAUUAAACUGUUCUCUUGACAUCUCACAGCAGUGCAAGUCUGUUUUUAAAGAACGGCUUCAGCCCUUGGGAUUUCUUUAUAAUAAACGUAAACAGUCACAUUGAGGUUAGGAGGCUUGAACCCAAAAUGCAAGAACCCAGAACUACGCAGGCAGGAGCGGCUGCAAAAAUAAGAAUCCUUUAUUUGUGGAGGAGCGACUAAAAAAAAACUCAAAAGCACAGGCGGCAACUAGAACAACGCUGACAAAGACAAUGGUCCAACAAGAGACGAGACAGGGUUAUAUGCACAGGGGCUGGGUGAUUAAGGGAAUUGGGUGCAGGUGAGACAGGGCAGAAACAGGCAGGGGGAAAAAACCAGAUCUAAAUCCUGUAAAACAAAGCUACUAAACUAAAAUAAACCUAAACACUGUAGAACAAAGACACAGGAGAUCUAAAGAUAAGUAAACUAAUGACCUACACGAGGAAGGAAAUACAACACACUAAAGGAGACACUAACUAGAUAAUCUGAACAUAUAGAAAACUAAAAGCAAGUGAAGUGACUAGGGGGAACAUGAGGGAAACCAGGAGGGGGCUGGGGACCAUAGGGUCACAAGACAUGACAUAAACGUCACCAGGCUGGAUUUGUCCUCUCUCUUUAGUACAAAAGACAUUUUGGACCCAUAAAUGAAAGCAAACUAGGAUGUAGAAAUGGCUUUUUUUGAAAUUGUAUCCACUUAAAAUGAAGUUGGGGUUUCGAUUCGGUGAGGAAAAACCACAGGGUGGUGCUGUAAUUCAGACUAGGACACAAUUUUGAAAAGUUCACACAGAGUGUCGGACAGAUUUUUUGCCAAAUCCAAGUCUUUUGAACCAUGGAUGAAUGGAUGGAUACAAACCCCAAAAUGGCUAAUAAGUGUUGCGUGCAUUGAAAUUAGAUUAGGGUUAUGGUCUCAGAUCCAGCUUUAAAUGGUCCACAUGGGCUCAGAAACAUAACCAUCAUCAAUCUACAACCUCUGCAAAGGGUUCAUUGUUAAAGUUGAAUUAAAGUAUUCCAGAUUAAGACCCAUUUACAUCCGCUUUCCCACCAUUUGAUAUGUUUAACAACACAAAUAGAGUUCUUGAGUCUUGUUUUGGAGGACUACACAUUGCUCUUAACAUAGCCGUGGUCUGAAACUUUGAAGUGAGGUUUAUCCCAGGUGGGUGGACAUUCUGAGAAGGAGACGAGCAUUUCAGAGUGAAAAGCCAGACGGAGACAGAGUGGGACAGCUGUAUGUAAGAAAUACUCAGCCCUCGGCGAAUGGCCCACUCCGUACCAGGAAGUGAGGAGACUCGGUGGAAAAUAGUUGGCAUUGUUUGGAGACGGACUGCUGAGAGGCCCCGAGCUGUAAUGUGUAGCCCCCAGUGGCCUAAUGAGAAACAUAUUGAUUAUAGAGGCUGGCCUGCCCUCAUCUGGUCAGCUGAUGUUCAGUUAUUGCACAGAAGAGACGGGUGAGGGUGUAAAAAUGGAUCUGCGAGGCUGAUUGUUGUUUUGUGGCCAUAGGGAUGCUGACCUCACAACUGUAUGAGUGUCAGGCCACAGCUAUGUGUACGAUGAGGAAGCUUUUCAAGCAUAUAACAAAACUAUUUCAGUGUUUUUAUUACAUUUUGAUGUUUCUAGGGUGUUUUAUCCCUUUAGAACUUGUCUAAACUCAUGUUUAAAACACUACAAUCAGCCCACCGCAUCACAAACCUCUUAUUGUGUCAGAUGGUUUUAUUGGCAUGGCAGAGGUUUUAUUGAACUCAGCUGGCUUCUACGGAAUAAACCAACUUUGGGAUCUGCUCUGCAGCCGCUCGGUGAAUCCUGUAAAAACAAAGUUAAGGCAAGUUCAGCACUGCAGGAGUGCAUUUUUGGUUUGUGACUUGAUGCAAUAUGUAUGUUUUAUCACUGCUAACAGUCUGAUUCAUUAUAGAUAAAUAAACCAAAACAAAAAACAAUUCAUCACAGUUCAGUCCCUUUUCCUCCCUUGUAUGGAAGAUUAAUUGAACUACAUGAUCAGGGAGAAGAUGAUCAUUGUUGUUGUUUAUACCAUACCAUACCAUUUUAUUUAUAAAGCGCAUUCAACAAGGCAUUACAACCAAACAAGGCACUGUACACUAAAAAUGUUAGUUAAUUAAACCGGCGUCAUACAGUCAUGUAGAACAGAGAUAAAAGAUAAAAAGGAAAAACAACAAAAUUCCUAAAACUAACAGUUAAAAAUCAAUAAGACACAGGGAGAAUAUAAAAAUAAGAAAAACAUUUUAAAAAAGAACCUCAAUAAUACGGAAGUUGAUAUUGUGAAUUCCAUUUUUAAACAAUGCAGAUGUAAGUGAGGUUCAUAUUAUGUGGUAUAAGCUAGGUUGAAGUAGUGAGUUUUCAUGCGUGCUUUAAAAAUGCUAGCUGUUGGUGCUUGCCUCACUAGCAGUGGUAAUGCGUUCCUCAGCUUCGGUACACAGACAGAGAAAGCCCUUUCUCCACGGCUUUUUAAACGUGCAUUCGGAACAGCUAGGAGGAGCUUAUUUUCAGACCUGAGAGCACGCGGCGGGUUGUAGUAAUGGACAAGUUCACACAGAUAUGGAGGAGCUUGAUGGUUCAAGGAUUUGUAAGUCAGAAGCAAAAUUUUGAAAUUUAUACUGGCAUUGCUGCAGUUCUCUUUUUGAACAGAAGGUGUUGCCAGUGAAGGAACAAUAAAUAAAAUAAAGGGAAGGACAGUAGAAUAAUUCACAGAAAGAAGCGACAUAUUAAAGUUACUAUGCAUUUUCCCUAGCGAUAGGGGGCAGUACAUACAUAAUUCAUUGCAAGCAAGCUGUAUUUUUGUGUUCGAGUAAGACCUUACCAACAGAUCAAUCAGAUUUAUUUAUAAAGAGCUUUUCAAAACAAAGUGCUACUCAAAGUGCUUUACAAAAUGACCCCAGAUUCCCAUAACAGGUUAAAAACAUUAACAGACAUAUGCAAAUGCACUCAUGCACUCAUGCACACACACACAACCACACACACACACAAGUAAAAAAUUGUAUUUGGCUGAGUCCAGAUGAGCAAAGUAAGUCAGGGCGCUCAGUGGAGGGGGAGCAUAGACCCCCACCUCCACUUAAACACUACCUAUAGAGCGCCCAGGAAGCAACAAUCGACCACCGCUCCCGGGGCAGAGGGCCCCUACAGAGGAAACACUGGAUUAAAAUGAGUAAAAAUAUAAUAAAAGAGCUAAUAUAAAUGACAACAGUUAGAAAAUAAGUAAUAAAUAAAAUCAUAUAGACAGUAAAAUAAUAACAUUAAAUAAUGAAAACAAUGCUAGAUGGCCAUUAGGGUAAAAAAUCCCAGGGAGUGCAACCUCCAGGAAAAUGACAAGCAGAUCAGACUCUUAUUUCAGCUGAAAAAAUGUACGAUCUGACCACUAAUGUGUGCUGCUAGAUACAUACAUGUAUAACAGCAUAGGCCAAACUGCUCCAGACCGGUGCUGGCUCUGAGAUCCCCCGUCAUAGGAUCGAGCAGACUGCAGCAACGUCCAGCAUCACCCCACUGCCACCAAACUGGUGAUAGGCGUUUCACAGGAACGGACAAAGAUGGUAGAAACAAAAAUCUUACUCAAGGCGAAAGACACAUUUUAGACCGCUAUGAAUCAGCUGUUACAAGUUUAGACGGGUGAAAUAAAAACACCAUUCCUGCUAUCUGUAAUUUUUGGAGAGGAAAUCUAAACAUACAUUUAAACUAAGACGUUUCAUUUUAGGUAGGCCUACUAUUUUGCCAUCUGUUUUGAAAUUAUGUUCAUUUCUUUGAAAUUGAUUUAAUGGAUUUAAAGUGAGGUAUUUGACUAGUAGUCAUGCUUGGGAGGAGGUUCCUGUCUCAGAGGAACCAGAUGGGGGCAUCAGCCACUCAGAAUUGAUCCUUUUGACCCUUUAAGGGUUCUCUUUGACUAAAGUGUGAGAAGAUGAACUAAAAUUUUUGGAGUGAUAGAGUUCAGCUUCUUUGCUCCAGCAGGUGAGCUCAGAGGCUUCUUUUUCACCAGUGGAGGCUGUUUUCUCAUUUCCGGAUCUCCACCCCCAUCCUCUUUUUUUCUGUCUAUCCGGACCCCACCGCAAGAUUGAGAACCACCGGAUCAUGCUUCUAUUGUCCUGACGGGAGAGCGGGUUAUUUACAGAAUAAAGGCAUGCUCGGCGCUGGCCUCUGAGCUGAGGGGGCUUUUUCUCCUUUAAAUGCCCCGCUGAGUGCCAGUCCACCUGUGCUUUUGCUCUAGACGGCUUCGGCUCGUCGGCCGUCGGAUGUGGGGAGUCCGCGCCGAGCAGGGAGCGCGCAGUUCCCGCGGAGAAAGGAGGAGGGACGCGGAAGGAGGGGGCGCGUUUAUUUUCCAAAUCGGACACAUGUUGAGCUAACAGACCGAUCCACCUCCUAGAUGUAGCCGUUGCUUCAGUCGCUUUCCCGUUCCGCAUUAGUCAUUUAAAAUAAAAGGACCCAUCGGGUGUGUUGUUGUUCCACUCCGGGGAUACGGGCUCACCGCCUCGGGAGGACAGUCACCAUGGAUCUGAGCAAAAUGGCUGUCAGCAUCAAUAAGGCCAUCAACACACAGGAGGUUGCUGUCAAAGAGAAGCAUGCCAGGACUUGCAUCCUCGGGACCCAUCAUGAGAAAGGUGCCCACACCUUCUGGGCGGCGGUCAACCGCCUUCCUCUGUCCAGCAACGCCGUUCUCUGCUGGAAAUUCUGCCACGUCUUCCACAAACUCCUGCGGGACGGGCACCCAAACGUGAUAAAGGACUCCAUGAGGAACAAGGCUGAUUUAGCUGACAUGAGCAGGAUGUGGGGUCACCUGAGCGAAGGCUAUGGGAAGCUGUGCAGCAUCUACCUCAAACUGCUCAUCACCAAAAUGGAGUUUCACAUUAAAAACCCACGUUUCCCCGGUAACCUCCAGAUGUCAAACAGACAGCUGGAAGAGGCAGGGGAGAACGACGUUAACAACUUCUUCCAGUUGACGGUGGAGAUGUUCGACUACCUGGAGUGUGAGCUCAGCCUCUUCUUGGGCGUGUUUAACUCUCUGGACAUGUCUCGAUCAGUAUCUGUGACAGCGGCGGGUCAGUGCCGCCUGGCUCCUCUGAUCCAGGUCAUCCUGGACUGCAGCCAUCUGUACGACUACACCGUCAAGCUGCUGUUUAAACUGCACUCCUGCCUUCCAGCUGACACUCUGCAGGGCCACAGAGAUCGUUUCCAGGAGCAGUUUAAAAAGCUGAAGAGCUUGUUCUAUCGCUCCAGUAACCUGCAGUAUUUCAAGAGGUUGAUUCAGAUCCCACAGUUGCCUGAGAACCCUCCAAACUUCCUGCGUGCGUCUGCCCUGUCCGAGCACAUCAGCCCCGUGGUGGUGAUCCCCGCCGAGUCGUCCUCCCCGGAAUCGGAGCAUGUGGUGGAAACGGACGACCUGGUGGACACGGACAUCCCGGUUCUGCCGGCUCCCUCAGAAACCAAGUUUGACGACUUGUUUGGCACCUCGGCUGCUAUCGAUCCAUUUAACUUCAACAGUCAGAACGGCAUGCGCAAGGAUGACAAAGACCAUCUGAUCGAUCAGCUGACGAGGGAGAUCCAGUCCCUCAAAGACGAGCUGGAGUCCUUCAGACUGGAGAGUGGUCGCUUGUGCCAAGCACUGAGGGGGCGUGUCAAUGAGCUGGAGGCGGAGCUUGCAGAGCAGAGUCACCUGAAGCUGCAGGCUUCAGGGGAGAGUGAGUUCCUGAAGGCUGAGCUGGACGACCUGCGGAGAGUCAGGGAAGAUACAGAGAAGGAGCAACGGUGCCUGACCGAGAUUGAGAGAAAAGCUCAGGCCAACGAGCAGCGCUACACUAAGCUGAAGGAGAAGUACACAGAGCUUGUUCAGAGCCACGCAGACCUGCUGAGGAAGAGCGCAGACGUGACCCGACAGAUGACGGUGGCCCGAGCGGCACAGGAUGAGGUGGAGAUGGUGAGGAAAGAGAUGCAGGAGAAGGUGAGGUCUGCUCAGGAGGCUGCAGACAGACAGGAGAGGGAACAGCUAAAGCAGCUCCAGGAGCUCCAGAGAGAGCUGGUGUCCAGCCAGGCGGAGCUGGACUCCCUGAAGACCACAAUGGUCUCCUCGCAGCAGUCAAGUGAAGUUCUCAGCUCCCAGCUCGCCACCCUGGAGUCCGAGAAGGCCGAGCUAGUGCAAACUCUGUCCAAGGUGGAGGCGGAGCUAACGCAUCAGGGGGAGGAGCUUCAACGAGUCCAAACCUCUCUGGCGACAGAGAGGGCGAGUGGAGUGAAGACGGCUGAAAGCCUGCAGAAUCAGCUCAACGAGAAGGAGAGCAGGGAGCAGGCUCUGGAGAGCCAGCUGGUGGCGGCUCGCUGGUCCAGUCUGCUGGCAGCUGUGGAGGAGGCCGAGAGCAUCAUCCAGGACUCGCUGGCUCAGAUAGACGACCCGGCUCACAUCAGCUGCACCAGCUCUGCAGAUUACCUUGCCUCCAGGUGCCACGCCUCUUUAGACAGCGUGGAGCGAUUGCAAGGUGCCAGAGAGGUGUUUUUAUCUGACGGCACAUCUGUGUCUGAGCUGGUCCGAGCGGUGACCCAGUGUGGCCACCUGGUGGGCGACAUCAUCAUUCAGGGCAGCGCCACCUCCCACAUGGUGCCGGUGGAGCAGGCUGAUGCCCUGUCAGAAAGCAUGAAGCAGUGUGGGACAGAAGCCCUGUCCCUGCUGGGACAGAUGAAGCAGCAGGACACUCUGUCUGCAGCGGACAGCAGCAAGCUGAAGACGUCUCUGGCGGCCAUCCUGGCCACCGCAGAGAAACUUCGCCCCCGAGGUUUGGAACUGCAGCAGGGGGAGCUGGGAGAUCUGGUGGAGCAGGAAAUGGCCGCCACUUCCGCCGCCGUGGAGUCGGCGGCAGCCAGGAUAGAGGAAAUGCUGAACAAGUCUCGAGCGGUUGAUACAGGAAUCAAGAUGGAGGUCAACGAGAGGAUCCUGGCUUCAUGCACAGAGCUAAUGCAGGCCAUCAAGGAGCUGGUUCUGUCCUCUAAAGAUCUGCAGAGGGACAUAGUGGAGAGUGGGAGGGGAGCAGCAUCCAUGAAGGAAUUUUAUGCCAAGAACUCCCGCUGGACUGAGGGCCUGAUCUCUGCCUCCAAAGCAGUAGGAUGGGGCGCCACGGUCAUGGUCGAUGCAGCUGACCUGGUCGUGCAGGGCAAAGGGAAGUUUGAGGAGCUGAUGGUGUGCUCACAUGAAAUCGCUGCCAGCACGGCGCAGCUAGUGGCUGCUUCCAAGGUGAAAGCAGACAAAGACAGCACCAACCUGCGCCGCCUGCAGCAGGCGUCCCGUGGCGUUACCCAGGCCACCGCGGCGGUCGUGGCCUCCACCAAGUCUGGGAAGUCCCAGAUCGAAGAAACAGAAACGAUGGACUUCUCCAGCAUGACUCUCACACAGAUCAAACGACAAGAGAUGGACGCACAGGUUCUGGUUCUGGAGCUAGAGACCCGUUUGCAGAAGGAGCGUGAGCGUCUGGGUGAGCUGAGGAAGAAGCACUACGAGCUGGCUGGCGCAUCGGAGGGCUGGGGCGAGGAAGAGGAUGGUACAGGAUGAGGAUGCCGUCCCGGAUGCUGCUCCUCCGGCAUCUUCUCUUUUAUUUAUAGACAUGCUCUUCUGUCUCCCUUAAAGUUUUGAUUUCAUCCGUUUUCUCCGUGAAGCCAAAUGAAACUGUGCUUCUUCUCUGAUCCCGUCACUCUACCCCUGUCUGCACAAUUUCCACCUAAACACCCCCUCGCCCAUGGCUGAGCGGCAGGCGGGGUCGGAGGCAAAGAGGAUGUAAGGAUGCUUCUGAUGGAGUUUCCUUCUCCUGGUGUGUGAUGAGUCACAGCAGAGACAAAGCCGUGCCUCUUCGGUGCUCCUGCUCCUCCUGGUUUUAUUUUAUUUUUUUCUCACUGUGACCUUCUGAAGUCCACGCCGCUCCACAGGCUGCUUUUUUGGACUUCCUGCCUUCUCAUGUCCUCAUCAUUGCGAUGACCAUGACUGUUAAUCCAAGCAGCGCCCUCCACCUCCCCUGGUUUUUAUUUUUACUUUAUCAAAUCAUAACUCUUAAAAUGAGCUUUUAGGCUGCCAACGUUCCUCAGCUACAUCCACAGAGGUGGUGCGUCAUGGGAAGGAUGACUCAGAACACUAAUCAGCUUAAAUGUCUCAUUUUUAGUGAAUAAUUUAUGUAGCAGGGUCGCAAAAGGAAACCCUCAGUUAUUAGAUUUUUUAAAAAGUUUCUUUGACUCUUCUACAAAUCAAAUUGCAUAAGACCCUUCAGAUGAUUUAUUUUGGUUUUUAAGGAGGCAACAGCUCGCCUUUAGUUGGAUGAAUAUUUCCGUUUUUGAAAAUUUAAAUAUAUUUGGAGUUAAAGGCACUUCCUCUGUGCACAAACUGGAAGAUCUGACAUUUUCCCAGAUUUUCACAAAAUCAUUGGAUUCCAGCAGACUGAUGGCGACAGAGCAAGAGGAUGAGCCACGUUCUCUUGGAAAGAACUGCUUCAUUUUGAUCCCAGAGCGUCUCUGUUUGCUUGGAGUAAAAAUCAUGACGCACCUGAAAGCCACACAUCUUUUCUUCCCUGAAAAUGUAAUUAUUAAGCAGUUUAGGAUGAAGUGACUUAACAUAAACAGCUUUUUGAUACAUGCUGCUGAGCAUUCACCGGUAUUUCUUCCACUGACCAUGACAUUUAAAGCACUUGGAGGACGACGGACUGUUCUGGGGGGACCUAAAGAACAUGAACUCUGAAAUGUUUUUUUUUCUCUGUCACCAUGUUCCUGCUGCUCCAGCCGGGUUAAAGCAAGCAUCGUCUGCAGUUGAUCUAACCGUUCUGUCUCUUCCUGUAUUAUAAACAAAAGUGAAGAAUUUUCAGGUGUCUGGAAUGAUGAAGUGCACACACCGUGAGUGAUUUGUUUGUGUGUUUUUGUCCAAAAACUCUUGAAUUAACCUUUUGUUUCUUUUGGGUUCGUGUCUGUAGUCGUACCAGCUCAGCCAGCCUUUCAAACUGCCUCACACUAGUCAGAAACAGAUACUCGCAUAGCAGCAUUGAACUAUGUCUUUGUAUGAUAUUAUACUAAAACAAUGUUGGUGGGUUUGUUUUUAUUUUUCCAGUUUUUGAAAUAAAUACAUCAACUAAUUGA